UGUUGGUCUACAUGUGCAACCAUCUUUCUGCAUGGAUUUUUUUUUCUGUUUCAGAAGGAAGAUGUCAUUAAUGCAGAAAGGGAUGAAAGACUGUCUCUUCGGAAGCAUCGCUUCAUGCAUUUUGCAUCAUUGGAAUAUGAAGGAGAAUAUUACAUGACACCAAGAGAUUUCUUGUUCUCAGUAAUGUUUGAUCAAGUUGAACGUAAAGCCUCAGCCAAGAAACUGACAAAAAAGGAGGUAGAUGCUGCACUGCUAUGUGUUGCCAAAGCUAAACCAGGACCAACUUUUUUUAGAGAGCUUGGUGAUAAAGGGUUGAUAUCUUAUGCAGAGUACUUAUUUUUGCUGACAAUCCUUACAAAACCCCAUACUGGAUUUCAGAUUGCCUUUAAAAUGUUGGAUACAGAUGGCAAUGAACAAGUUGAAAAGAAAGAAUUCUUUAAGCUACAGAGAAUCAUUGGGAAGGAAGAUGAUUUGAAAACAGCUGGAGACGAAACAGCAUUUCGGGGAGCAGAGCUGGAAAGCUGUGGUGUUAAUACCAUGUUGCUGAUACAUUUCUUUGGAAAAGAAGGAAAGGAAAAGCUUCACUAUUCUGAGUUUUUCAGAUUCAUGGAAAAUCUGCAGACAGAAGUCCAAGAAAUGGAAUUCAUAAAGUUUUCAAAGGGUUUGAGUGUCAUGAGAAAAGAAGACUUUGCAGAAUGGUUACUGUACUUCACUGAUGAGGAAAACAAUGAAAUUUACUGGCAGAAUGUGAAAGAGAGAAUUGAAGCUGGAGAGAAUAUCAGUUUGGAAGAAUUCAAGACUUUUUGCAAGUUUACAAAUAAUCUGGAAGACUUUUCUAUUGCCAUGCAGAUGUUUACUGUAGCCAAUCUUCCUGUUAAACGGGCUGAGUUCAAAAGAGCAGUGAAGGUGGCAACAGGACAGGAGCUCUCAGAUAAUGUUUUGGAUACCAUCUUCAAGAUUUUUGAUCUCGAUGGAGAUGACUGCCUCAGCCACAGCGAGUUUCUUGGAGUCCUGAGGAACCGAAUUCAUCGAGGCUUGAGGGUACCGCAACAGCAAGGCGUUCAAGGUUACUGGAAGUGUGUGAAAAGAGAAAGCAUUAAAGGAGCCAAAGAAGUGUGGAAACAAACUGGGAAGAGUCCUUUUUAG